AUGGAAUGGCAUCCUGCUGUGUAUACAAGGAGCACUCCCAGAAGCAAGCAGAAGGAUCUCAUCACUAGCAAGAGCGAGGAGUGGAGUGUAUCCUCUGGAUCUGAGAUCCCUGCCAGAUAUCUUAGAAACAAAACCGACCACAGUGAGGCCGCUGGGCCGGGUCUGGCAACUCAGGCGACAGCCAUAGCGUACAACGGCCUCACAGUGCCUCUGAUUGUGAUGAGCGUGCUCUGGGGCUUCGUGGGCUUCAUGGUGCCCUGGUUUAUCCCUAAAGAUCCCAAGCGAGGGGUCAUUACCAUGUUGGUAACCUGUUCGGUUUGCUACUACCUCUUCCGGCUGAUUGCCAUGCUGGCCCAACUCAGCCCUCUCUUUGGACCCCAGCUGAAACACGAGACCAUCUGGUAUCACAACGACCAUUGGCCCUGA